UGACAAAAUGACAUUGACAUGAAUGAAUGAAUCAAAUUUUAUAAUUCGGAUACACCAUUACAAAUCUAAAAAUAUAUAUAUAGAUAAGCUCGCUUUAUUAUAUUAUUCUUAGAGAAAUAAUUCUGUAUUUCGAUCGGCCCUUUUUGGCUAUCUCGCAAAAGACGUAGUUAUUUCAUACUUUAAAUUUUUGUCGCAACAAACACUCGAUUAAUAGGAGUUCAAUAUAAUGAUACCUACCAUUGGCAUGAACGUAGGGUAGGUAUGACAGGUUAUUUACAGCCUGUAGAUUAAUUUACUAAAGACCUAUUUUCACAGCUACAUGGUUGCUGCACAUGAAAGUAGGUACCUAUGAGCUAAAUUUACACGCCUUUGUGUGUUUUAUUAUAAUGGUGUAAUAAUUGGAGCAUCAACACAAUACGAUUAUCACACCAUCAUUCACGUACUUAUUAUGAAAUAGUUAUUUGAACUUUUAUCAUUUUUGUACAUCUCUCGUCAAUCAUGUAUUUUAUUACAAUGUGUUAAGUCCUGUCUGCCAUUCUAAAAUGAAAAAGUUACAUUACGGUCUUCUCUUUACUUUUAUUAUCGAGAUUAAUGGAACUUUAGAUUUAAAUGAAGUACAAAAAUAUAUUUUGCAAUGGAAGAGUCAAAACUUAUUAAAUUUUAGUGAGAUUGGCGCAAUUUCCAGUGGAAUUUUUGAUUUUACCGAUGUAAAAAAUAAAAUUCUACAGUGGAAAACUCAAAAACUUGCUGCGUUAUGUCCGUCAAACGGGGCACAAUUGCAAAAUCUACUGAAUAUUGCAUGCAGUACUGCUCAACCAACUAAUGUUACAUUGAGGGAUAGUUGCAUUACUUGUUUUUCAAGAGUUACUUCGAUGCCAGAGGGACCUCAAGAACUGAAUGCCCUUAGUGUAUGUGCUUUGCAAUAUUUUGUGAACACAACUUACGCUACAUGCGCUACAGCUCUAAUGGCAUUAUCCACAUCGGCUUUAAACGUACAACCAUCAGGUUGCUUUAUGGGAUAUUGUGAUUUCGUGCGUUGUUUAAGAAGAAUUAAUUCUAAUAAUUUGAUCACACAAUGUACCAGAGAAGCAAGGACCGGCAUAAAUAUAACGUUAGACGCAGAUAACGUGAGGUUUUACACAAACGUUACUUCUUGUAUUCUAGCCAAAUCGCGUUGUGGAACGUUUAAUCCAAUUACUGGUGAUCCACAAACACCCGGCUACACGUCAGCUGGAAUCAGAGUCAGCAACGCUUUGCAGUUUUCAGAAGCUGGAGAACUAAGAAUUCUUGCCUUUCCAGCAGCAAUACCAGUUUCAACUUCAUUUUGCUCAACUUCAAGCAACUUAACAGAAACAAGUUGGUUGACGAAUGUUUGCUGAAAAACGAUAACCCAAUUACCUAACUAUUAUUAAAAAAUAAAAUUAUCUGUAGGACUUAUUAUUAUUGCUUUCAUUUUAUAUCUAUUUACCUUGUUAUGCAGUUUAUUCACAUGAUGACUAU